CCGGCGGACCCGCGCGCCAUGGCUGCCACGGCCGCUCCUCCCGCCAUGAAGCGGCUGGAUCUGCGCGACCCCGCGGCGCUCUUCGAGACGCACGGGGCGGAGGAGAUCCGCGGGCUGGAGCGCCAGGUGCGGGCGGAGAUCGAGCACAAGAAGGAGGAGCUGCGGCAGAUGGUGGGCGAGCGGUACCGCGACCUGAUCGAGGCGGCCGACACCAUCGGCCAGAUGCGCUGCUGCGCCGAGGGGCUGGUGGACGCCGUGAAGGCCACCGACCAGUACUGCGCCCGGCUGCGCCAGGCCGGCUCGGCGGCGCCCCGGCCGCCCGAGGCCCCGCAGCCGCGUCAGCUGUCGCCGAAGUUCUACAGCAUGGCCGCGCAGAUCAAGCUGCUCCUGGAGAUCCCCGAGAAGAUGUGGAGCGCCAUGGAGGCCUCGCGGUCCCUCCACGCCACGCAGCUCUACCUGCUCUGCCGCCACCUGCACAGCCUGCUCCAGCUGGAGUCGGCGGCCUCCCGCAGCAGCCCUGUGCUCGCGCGGUUUCCCAUCCUGGUCCGGCAGGUGGCCGCAGCCAGCCACUUCCGGUCGACCAUUCUGUACGAGAGCAAGAUGCUGCUCAGGCGCCCGGCGGUGUCGGACCGCGCCGUGGCCGAGGCCCUGUGCUCCGUCAUGCUGCUGGAGGAGAGCUCUCCGCGCCAGGCCCUCACGGACUUCCUGAUGGCCAGGAAGGCGGCCAUGCAGAAGCUCCUCAACCAGCCGCACCACGGUUCGGGUAUCAAAGCCCAGAUCUGCUCCUUGGUGGAGCUGCUGGCCACCACCCUGAGCCAGGCGCACGCCCUGUUCUACACCGCGCCCGAGGGGCUGCCGCCCGCCCCGCCGCUGCCCUGCGGCCUGCUCUUCUCCACCCUGGAGACCAUCACGGGCCACAGCCCUGCCGGGAAGGGCACCGGCGUCCUGCAAGGGGAGAUGAAGCUGUGCAGCUGGUUCAGGCACCUGCCGGCGUCCGUCGUGGACUUCCAGCCAGCACUCCGCACCCUCGCGCACCCCGUCAGCCAGGAGUACCUGAGGGACACCCUGCAGAAGUGGAUCCUCAUGUGUAAGGAAGACAUUAAAAACGGGAUCACCAGCCUGCUCAUGUACGUCAAGAGCAUGAAGGCGCUGGCCGCCAUCCGGGACGCCGUGUGGGACUUGCUCACCCACGAGGCCGCCAGCCACAGCUGGGACGUGAUUUGCCGGCGGCUGCUGGAGCAGCCGCUCUCGUUCUGGGAGGACAUGAUGCAGCAGCUGUUCCUGGACCGGCUGCAGACGCUGACGAGAGAAGGCUUCGACUCCAUCUCCAGCAGCUCCGAAGAGCUCCUGGCUUCAGCUUUGCAGGAGCUGGAGGGCAGCGGCAGCGGCAGCUCCCCUUCCAGCAAGCACGCCCACUACGAGCAGAACAUGUGCCUGUUUCUGUGGUCCGAGAGCGCCGGCGACCUGCCCUCCGACGCCGCCUGGGUGACCGUGGCGAACCGGGCUCCGGCAGCCGGCAGCGGCCUCUCCAUGAAGGCCCGAGCCGUGAGCCCCUGCGUGCAGAACUUCUGUUCCGCCCUGGAUGCCAAGCUGAAGGUUAAGCUGGAUGACCUCCUGGCCUACCUCCCCUCCGAGGAGUGCCCCCCGCCGCAGGCCAAGAACUCUGCCUUUGACAGGUACGCGGAUGCGGGCGCCGUGCGGGACCUGCUGCGGGCGCAGUCCGCGGCGUGCAUCGGCCGCAUCACAGGCCGUAUCCGGGCAGAGCUGCAAAGCAUUGAGGAAGCCCUGCAAGGGCAGCAGGCUGCCCACAGCGGGGUCCAGCUGCACGCCGUCCUGUUCAUGGCCAGGCUCUGCCAGUCCCUGGGAGAACUGUGCCCCCAUCUCAAGCAGUGUAUCGUGGGAAAAUCUGGGAGCCCCGAGAAACCAGCCAGGGAGCCCCGGGCUCUGAAAAAAGCAGCCAAGGGGAAGGGUCAGGACGUCGCUCCCACGCAGGCCGAGUGGCAAGAAGUGAAAGAGAUGCUGCUGCAGCAGAGUGUGCUGGGCUACCGGGUGUGGAGCGCCGCGCUCGUGAAGGCCUUGACUCAGGGGUUCGCCCAGUCAUUGCUUCUAGAUGACGCUGGCUCCGUCCUGGCCACGGCCACCAGCUGGGAUGAACUAGAGAUUCAGGAGGAGACCGAGUCUGGCGGUAGCAUCACGUCCACGAUCCGGCUGCCUACACAGCCGUCCUGGUACGUACAGUCCUUCCUGUUUAGCCUCUGCCAGGAGAUUAACCGGGUCGGGGGCCAUGCCUUGCCAAAGGUGACGCUGCAGGAAAUGCUGAAGAGCUGUAUGGUCCAAGUAGUGGCUGCCUACGAGCAGCUCUCGGAAAAGCAGAGGAAGAAGGAAGGUGCCUUCCCAAUAACCCAGAAUCGGGCACUGCAGCUGCUGUACGACCUGCGCUAUCUCAACCUCGUCCUGACAGCCAAGGGUGAAGAGGGGAAGAGUGGCCGAAGCAAACCGGACUCCAGGAUUGAGAAGGUAACGGACUACCUGGAAGGACUCAUUGACCCGUUUGACCUGGAUGUGUUCACGCCACACCUCAACAGCAACCUUACCCGCCUGGUGCAGCGAACCUCUGUCCUGUUUGGACUGGUUACUGGGACGGAGAAUCAGUUCACCUCGAGGAGCAAUGCAUUCAACUCCCAGGAAGCCCACAACAUCCUGCCCCUGGCAUCCAGUCAGAUCAGGUUCGGGCUGCUCCCCCUGAGCAUGACAAGCAACCGCAAGGCUAAGCUGACCAGAAGCGUCCAAACCAAAGCCCAGGCUGACCCCCCGGCGCUCUCCCGAGCAGAGGACCCAACGACGCACGCCGGCUCCCUGUUCAGACAGCUCGUGAGCGAGGAAGACGACAUGCCUGCGCCGUCGUUGUUCAAGCUUGGCUGGCUGUCCAGUAGGACUAAGUAGCAUGGGAACAAACCCGCCUCUAAAUAAAUACUACUGCGUCACUUCUAAA